AUAAAUGAGUAAUAGUGUUUGAUCAGCUGCGGAGAGGUGGGAUACAGAUCCUCAGAUGCUCAGGUGAAAGCUCAGCUCUGCCCCCUCCGUCACUGACACCAACAGCUCCUGGACAGACUCACCCCAAAGAGAGCAACAGCUGGUUGACCUGAUAACACAGACAGUCCCGUGUGGGAUGAGAGGAAUCAUUUUAUUUUACUCCAGCCAUGAUGAAUUUACGUUUUCUAAGAGUGAGGAACCCGCUGGUGCGAGAGUGCAUGGCGGAAUUCCUUGGAACAUUUGUCCUACUGCUCUUUGGCUGCGCGGCUGCUGCUCAGGUGAAGACCAGCAGGGAAACUAAAGGCCAGUUUCUGUCGGUCAACAUGGCGUUCUCUGUGGGCGUCAUGUCGGCCAUGUACCUCACCAAGGGCAUCACUGGUGCUCAUCUGAACCCGGCUGUGACCCUGAGUUUCUGUGUGUUGGACCAGGUGCCCUGGGGACGACUGCUGCCCUAUUCCCUCUCCCAGCUGCUGGGGGCGUACAUGGCAUCAGGGCUUGUCUUCCUAGUGUAUUAUGAUGCUAUAAUGGAUUUUAGUGGAGGAGUUCUGACGGUAUACGGUCCAAAUGAGACAGCAUCUAUAUUUGCCACCUAUCCUGCAGAAUACAUGUCUUUGGGUGGAACUUUCCUCGAUCAGGUCGUGGGCACCGGCAUGCUGAUGUUGUGCAUCCUGUGUUUGAAUGAGAAGAGGAACACCCCCGCUCCCACAGAGUUAAUUCCUGCUAUAGUGGCGGUGAUUGUCCUGGGGAUCUCCAUGUCAAUGUCAGGGAACUGCGGAGCUGCAAUAAAUCCUGCUCGAGACCUGGGGCCGCGCCUCCUCACGCUGACUGCAGGCUGGGGCACUGAGGUCUUCACAUGUUACAACUACUUUUUCUGGGUUCCUCUGGUGGCCCCACUCAUCGGAGGUGUUAUAGGAAGUUUCAUGUAUACGAUCUUCAUCCAGAUGCACCUGCCUGACCCAGACGACCUGGAGAACCACUCCACCAUCUCCACCAUCAGUGACAAAUGCAAGCAGGAAGCCACAACAUGGGAACAUGGAUUUGAGAUCAAAUCCGCACAUUUAUAACUGUUACUGAAUAAAAAACAUUUGUCCCAUGUGACACGAGCACUGCUGCCCAACGACAGCAACCUGUUGGGAAAUUAUCCUCGAGAAAACCGUAAUGAAUAUCUGAGCUUCACGCACAUCUUGUGAACCUCUGUAAAGAAAAUAACUGAGGCCUUUUUCUUUUGUUUAAUUUAACCAGCUAGCUUCUAAAACACAGCCAGUGGAGGCAGAGGCAGCUGGAAGAGAUGCUGAUUGUGAAUUAUGACUGAUGUUUGUGUGUAAAAUAUCGAUUUAUUAUCAGUAAAUUAUACUACUACUGCAUUGUUUUUGCUUUUUAUAACAUGUCUAUAGGAUCAUUGAACGGAUUAACUCCGGGAAACAACCCAUCAAUGUCUCCAUUAAGUGCAAUUUCAUUCAGCUGAGUUCAACGGUCAGUGUUAAGUGUGUGUUUUUGUGCUAAAAUGUAUGGUGUGAAUUAUAGAUGUGUUUCUGCGAGGCUGUCCCAAGUGACUAUACAGUUCUAUCACUAGUUUUGUAGAGCGUCCAACUGUAUCAUUCAGUUUUCAACAGAUUCUGCGUGUGACGUGGAAUAUUUCCACAUUCUUCCGCUGGAAUCUGCUGAUGUGAUUAUCUGCAUGUUUUGUGUUUUCAAAUCAAAUUCUGUGACAUUCACACGACACCAAAUUUCUAUUUUAUUAAAAGAAAUCCAUGAACUUUACAUUC